AUGGCGAAAACCACGUACCAGAACCCCAUAGUGCCGGGAUUUGCCCCUGAUCCGUCUGUGCUGUUCGUGGAUGGCGUUUUCUACCUCUGCACCUCGUCCUUCCACAUCUUCCCGGGCCUGCCCAUCUAUGCUUCUCGGGACCUCAAGGAAUGGACACAUAUUGGCAAUGCCUUCAAUAGGAUCGAGCAGAUGAGCCUGAAGGAUGCGACGACGAACAAGUCCACGCUGGAUACUGGCAAGAUUAUUGUCGCCUCGGGUGGCCUGUUCGCUCCCUCGAUCCGAUACCACAACGGAACAUUCUAUAUCAUCUGCACAAAUGCUGCUAUUACGACCGACAGUUUUAGGACAGACAACUUCAUUGUGACAUCUACCGAUCCUCUCAAGGGCGAAUGGAGCGACCCUAUCUAUAUCCCAUUUAUGGGCAUCGACCCUGACCUAUUUUUCGACGACGACGGAAAGGUCUACUUUCAGGGAGCCCACUACUUCCAGAAGACACAGCCCACCUCUGUUAUUCAGCAGUUUGAGCUAGAUAUCAAGACUGGCAAGCAUCUCUCCGAGACCAAGACCAUCUGGGGUGGACAUGCCAAGUACGAUACGGAAGCGCCGCAUAUUUACAAGCGCGGCAAGACGUACUACCUCAUGGUGGCAGAAGGCGGCACUUUUGAGCACCAUAUGCUGUGCAUUGGACGCUCCGACAAUAUCUGGGGCCCCUACGAAGACAACAAGCAGAACCCGAUCCUAACGGCUGACGGCACUGAGGAGUACAUCCAGAAUACUGGGCACGGCGAUAUCUUCCAGGAUGGUGAUGACAACUGGUGGGCAGCUGGUCUUGCGGUGCGCAACGAGAAUGCCGAUAGCAAGGACGCCUUCCUGGCUCCCCUGGGACGUGAGAGCUUUCUAUCGCCGGUUGAGUGGCCCGAGGAUGGAUGGCCCAAGGUGCAGCGAUUCAAGAUGGAAUUUUCCGCCACAUCGAUUAACCCUACCGGCGGUGCUCCGUUUACCGCACCUCCACGGGUUGAAGACUGCUACAUAAGGACUCCUGACCUGAGCAAGUACCAAAUUUCCGAGCAAGAUGGUGGGGAAAUCGGCCUGUUCCCGAGCACCACGAACCUCGAUGCGCCUAACGGCACCAGCACCUUCAUUGGCCAGCGACAGCGGUCGCUGACUUCCGUUGCCACCGCAAUUGUCGAUAUUUCAAGCGUACAGGGCGGUGCCGAGGCAGGCCUGACCAUGUACAAAGACCAUCUGCGGCAUGUGUCGUUGGUCUACGCGGCGGACAGCGGCAGAGUGUCCUGCCGCUUGAGAUCUGUCGAGGAUCUGGAGACAGUGGGAGGGGAGCUUGCCGUUGAGGGAUCCAAGUCGGUCGAGCUGCGAAUCACAGCCUACCCUACGAAGUGGUCCCUAUCCGCUCAAGUUGGCGAGGGCAACUGGCACGAGUUUGGAGAUGUGCCCUCUUUCCGAUUGUCGGUGCGCGAAAUGACUGGCCCGAUCUACGGAGUGUUUGCCCAUGCGGUAACAGCCCAGGCUGAUGCCAGCAGCGCUGUGAAGUUUGUUGAAUUCAAUGUACAGAAUUAA